CUCAUUUCCGGUUUUUGAUGCAAGACUGAAAGUAGAAAUAAAGCAACAUGUCGAUCUUACAAAAAAUUGCCGAUAUUGAAGCCGAGGUUAGUAUUGAAUGUAAUAUCUAAAUUUGUGAGAAAUUCAGAUUGCAAAAUAUAUUUAUAAAAAGUAAUGAUAGUUGGAUAGUGUCCGGACUGUAUGGUUAAUUACUACCAAUCGGCCCAACUCAAACAAUCAAUUCAAUGAUUGAGUCUUGCUUGAUUUAUUCAUUAAUUGAAUUUGACUAAUUUGAUAACGGUUAAUAGUUAAUGUUUAGUAUUUUCAAUUUUUCAGGUAUUGUUCAAAUUCAAGCCUACACUUACACAACCCAGGCUACUCACUGCCUUCUUACUUCUUAGUGGUAUACCCUUCUCACUACUACUAUAAGGAUUAUGAUCAAUGACAUUUUAUUUUAUAAUUAAAUUGAAAAUAUAUAAUACUGUUUCUAAACUUAAGACUAAACUGCAGGACCUAGACCCAGGCCUAUAGAUUUUUCACUUAGUUACACUUUCACUUAAUUAAUUUCUUAAGUUAUUAAGUUGUAGAAAUAAAAUUAGGCUUAUUACUUUUAAAAUAAGUAUAUAGUAUAGCCUUUAACUCUACAAAGUGGAUAUUCGGACCCGGGUAUCUGAAGUGAGAGUGAGAGGUUGGGAUUAAAAAAAGGCAGUGUCUACACGUCCGGCGCGCAGGACGUAUAUCUCCCGCACUAUUUGUCAGGCGACCAAGUCACAUGACCGCCGUAACAAAGUGGCGAGAGAUUUGUCGGUUAGCCUUGUCACGUUGACUGCGAAUGAUUCAAAACUAUUAUUAAUUUUAAAAUCUAUUUCUCUACCAAGUAAUGUACUGAGUAUCUUGAAUGCAAAUAAUAGAAAAAAACUUAAGUGAAAGUGGCUUGUAAACAUUUUUGUUUAGUUUGUUAUUUGAGUUUGUGUACCAGUAAUCAUAAAAUAAAUUCGGGGCCAGUGUGGAGUAGGCAACCAAUAAAAUUAAAAGAUUUCAUUUUAAAUUGUUUAAAUUGCUACAAAAUAUUUAAAAACUUCUCAUGAAACUACUGUUGCUGAUGAACAUGAUAAUAUAAAUAUAGUAUAAAAUAUUUUUAAUUAAAAUGGGAAGAAACAAACACAAUCCUAGCCCCGAUAUUGAUCCUCAAAUCGUAAUAUCAUCAAGCGACCACUCUACCAGUAGACCACACAAGAUCUACCAGACAUUUUUCUUCGGAAACAAUAAAAACUACUAGCCGUCCGGCGGUCACGUGACAUGCAGCCGGACGUAUAUCUUGCGCACUAUUUGUCUGGCGCGCCGGACGUGUAGACACUUCGUUAAAAAAAAUAUUUAAAACAUUGUUGUUGGGUUUGUAAGACAAAAUUUGGUAUCAAAUGUCUCAAAUGAAAGAUACUAAAUGUGUAGACCUAACUAAGACUAAGUUAGUAGUCUAAGUUCUUCGUUCACAAAAACCUGUAGUCUGUAGUGGUACUUAAUACUAUAGUCUGACUUUAGUAAUGCAUGAUUGGGCAAUUACUGAAAUUUAGUUCAUAGGGAAAUGGUAAAGCUAAGGCUAUUGACUUAUUUGCAGGAUAUUUGUAGAUCUAUUUUUAUUAUAUACAACCCUUAAAAUAGCAUGCUACUUCUGUAGUUUAAGACUAUGUGCUCCAUGGGAUGCAUUCCAAAUAGGAUUAACAUAAAUCUACUUAUUAAAUUUUCAUGUAAAACAUUUCUGAUAAUAUUCUUGGCACCAGGUAUAUGGCGUUUGAUUAAUUGGAGUCUUUAAAAAAAAGAAAAAAAAAAAAAAAGUAACAGGGUGCUGGGUGACCAAGUGGUCUAAACUGAGCAAAUCUCAAGUUGGUGGUCUCGAGUUCAAUUCCAGAGCUCAGUCAAGCAAAAACACCACCAGCACCCCGGGUGGAUGGGACUCGUUAACCUUGGAUGGCAACUCAUCUAAAAGAAGGCAACUCUGAAAUCAAACCCGGGGAUGGAGUCCCGAAAGGCGGAUAACAUUGGUACAAUGAAACAUUUCGACAACUCCUGCGACGUCACUGGUGCCAAGCUGCAUCAUCCAAUGAUGUUCCCUUGGUUUCUCUAGCGGCGUGGAGAGACGCGAUUUGCUGUUGGGAACAAGCUUAUAAUCCUUGAAGAAUAAUCCCAGUCCUCCGAAGCCCACUCCAUCGUCACAUUGUGACGGACAGAUGCCAGCAAAAAAAAAAGAAACUGUAGCCAUCAUUACAUGAGAUUUCAAAACACUGAAUUAAAGUAGCCAUGUUAGUAGAAGGAUUUUAAUUAAUUUAAAAGGAAAAAUUACCUUUUAAAAUUUUGUAUCACAUCAAUGUAUCUGUGAAUUGUUAAUUAUUUUUUGGGUUUUGUAUUAGCCCAUGGGUAUGAUGCACAGAAAUUAAACCAAUAACUUAUUGAAUUUUAAAAAUCACUUCGUAAAAUGUCAAUUUUAAAUGAACUGUAUCGUAUUCAAUUUGUAAUUCAAAUUCAUUUCCUUUAAUUAUUUUCAGAUGGCUAGAACUCAGAAAAAUAAGGCAACUAGUGGCCAUCUUGGUCUCUUGAAAGCAAAGUUAGCUAAGUUGCGAAGAGAGCUCAUUGAACCAAAAGGUGGGGGUGGAGGUGCAGGUGAAGGUUUUGAUGUUGCCAAGACUGGUGAUGCUAGAAUUGGUUUUGUUGGUGAGCAUUUAAGAAAAAUAAAAUAGUUGUAAGAUUACCAAAGCUACAACAAAAGUACUUAGUUAGAGUUGAUAGAUUUUCAUUUAUGAAAUUUCCUAAAUUAUUUUAAAAGUAAAAGGAAAAGUACAUUAUAUUUUUAGGGUUUCCAUCUGUGGGAAAAUCAACUUUGCUAAGUAAUCUUGCCGGGGUUUACUCAGAAGUUGCAGCUUAUGAAUUUACCACACUUACCACUGUACCGGGAGUUAUUCGUUACAAGGGUGCAAAAAUUCAAGUAAGUUAUCCUGUUUAUUGUGAGCUGAUAAUUUGUUGUUAAGGCCACCUAACGGAAGGCAUUUAACUAACAAAUAUUGUAUAAAGAUAUUGAUUAGUACACUUUGUGUGUUAUGAUUUUAAUAGUUGCCUAUAUGGUAAUGAUUAAUUUGUUUAUUCUUAGUAACAGCUGUGUAACACCAGUUUUUUUUAUUUAAAACAGCUGCUUGAUCUGCCUGGUAUCAUUGAAGGUGCCAAAGAUGGCAAAGGUAGAGGCAAGCAAGUAAUAGCUGGUAAGAAUUAAAUAUUAAUUAUUGCAUUGGCUAUGUUCACACAUUCUCAAUUUUAAUAAAUCUGUUUUCUGGGAAAAAAACUUAAUGUGUUUAGGAAAGCUAUGAAUAUUUGGAUUUCUAAUCAAAAGCUGAAUGCUUUUAGUGAGUAACAAUAAUUACAUUGUCCAUUCCCUGGCAACAUUAUAUUUAAUUUUGAAGCUCUUGCAGUCAUGUGAGGAAUAUAUUUUCAAUCACAGAAUUAUUUUUAACAUGCUGGUAACAUCCACAUUUUUAUUUCUGCUUUUUCAAAAAACCUUAAGCAUUUUCUGCUUUACAUCUUUUAUUCAAUCAAAUUUGUUUUUUAUAGUUAAGUUCCUUUGGAUUGAUGUUAAAUGCUAUUUUGCAAAAUUUUUUUAGUUGCAAGAACCUGCAGUCUCAUUUUUAUUGUUUUGGAUGUAUUGAAACCAUUGCAACAUAAGCGAAUUAUUGAACGAGAGUUGGAGGGGUUUGGAAUUCGAUUGAAUAAAGAGCCGCCUAAUAUACAGUUUAAGAAGAAAGACAAGGGUGGAUUGAACUUGACCUCAUUAGUAAGUAGAACUCCAAAUUUACUGCUCAAUUUAAAGCAUCAUUUUUAAUUAGGAGGAGUUUUUGGGAAUGUUAAACAGUUGUUUUAACAAUUUGGAUGGGGAAAAAAAUAAAAGAUUUUUUGUAAUUUGUGGGUAGAAGUGGUGGCUAUCACAUAUGAAACGACGAAAUGCAACAUUUCUUUAAGAUCAAGGUGCUUUUCACUCAUUUAAAUUUUCUUGAAACUUACAGUUUUUAAUAAACCAUUGAUUGCCUUGUUUUGUAAUUGAAUUAUUUUUAAUGCACACAGGACACAUUAUUUUUAAUUUUUUAUUUGGUUGGGUUUGUUUCCAUUUAGGAUAUUUUAUAUUGUCAGUACAAUUUCAUCACUAUGACAGGUGCAGCAAAGUGAAUUAGACAAUGACCUUGUUAAAACCAUUCUCAAUGAAUACAAAAUCCACAAUGCUGACAUCACCCUGAGGUACGACGCAACAACAGAAGAUCUUAUUGAUGUCAUAGAAGGAAACAGGGUCUACAUUCCUUGCAUCUACCUGCUAAAUAAAAUUGAUCAGAUUUCUAUAGAGGUGAGCUUGUGGUAAAGUUCAGUUUCAUUAGAAUUCAGAAUGCCCCCUGAAGCAAUUAGUAAAUGCAUUUUUUAUAUGUGCAUUUUAAGUUUUUACAAAACCUGGUGAUUUCAAGCAUUUAUUUUUUUUAUUCUUCACAGGAGCUGGACAUAAUUUAUAAAAUUCCUCACACUGUUCCCAUCUCAGCUCAUCAUAAAUGGAACUUUGACGACUUGUUAGAAAAGAUGUGGGACUACCUCGAGCUUGUUCGAAUGUAAGUUUGUCAGGAUCCUACAGUAAAAUUGAUUAAGAAACAAAGUACUUAACCUUUCAGUACAACCUGUUUCAAGAGAGGUAACGAUUUUUCAUUAUGACCUGAGGAGCUUAGUUAUUACAUUGACCCCAUUUUGAAUGGUAUUAUUGCCUGCAUCCUGACCAAGAGGUUUGAAGUUUGAUUUUCACCCGAUUCCAUCCCUGGCUAUCUGAAAAAUUCACAAAAUGAGACCCAUUGUGGAGUUAUGGAACACUAGGCAAAUAAACUACCGGUACUGCAUUUUUCAUGAUACCCUGUUCCUUAUGUCCCAUUAAAUAAACUAAGCUUAUCAAGAAGUGCACAAAUGGUGAAAAAGUUAUCAAAUACUAAAGGGGUUGUAUUCCUUGAAUGUGCCUCACUCCACUGAAGGGACUUUAAUGCACUAACACUAUAUUAGUCAUGUUUAUUAUAUUGAUUUUAUCCUGAAAUGGCUAUAACAAGGAAAUGUAGCCAUGUCGUGUUGCACCACACAAAACCUUAUUACCAAACCUUCCCCGAAUAUAUUGUUUGCACCUGUGAUGAUAAAACGAUAGAAACCAUGGAUUUAUCAAAGCUGAAAUAUAUAUAAUUUUCUUGUGGAACAAAUUGUAUGCAUUUCUCGUUGUGUUUUUUUUAACAAGAUGUCGCAGCUGGGUAAAAUUCACAAUAUUCUGCCUCAUUAGGCAUUGUCAGAAACAUGCAAAUUAGAAAAUAAAGUUUCAACGUGAUCAAGUUUCAUGCCAACACUAACAAGUGCACAAUGUGCAUCUGGAAUUAUUUUUCCUCAUAACACACAUCUUCUGGGAACCAUUUGAAAAACAAAGUACUUCAUGUUUCAGUCAUGAAAUGAAAUAGUUUGGUGGUUCUGCUGCGGAAUGGCCUGUUAAGUCACCCUUUUGUCAUUGGGGGAAACAUUUUUUUCACUUUCUUUCUCUUUGUUUUUGUCGGUUGCUGUGCAUUUGAGGUAGGGGGAACUUCAUCAUGCAUGUGAGAAAUCACUGGGUCAGAAAGAAGGGCUGCAGCAUUUUAAGAUGGUUGUAGUACUCAAGCACUUGUUUCAAUGGUGUCAUGUAGCUCUAACGGUACAUAUAUUUUAUGUAACAUUAGAAUUCGAGGCAUCUUGAGAGGUUCAAAAGAUUUUCAACUCUAGUAAAUGCUAUUAGUCCUACUGCUAAGAGAUUUUUCCUCGUGUUCUAAAAAUAAAAGAUCCAACAUUUCAAACCCAAAAUUGUUUAUAUAUAAAUUUUUUAUAUAACAAUAGCAACUUUGAUAUUUAAAUUUUACAGUAAGUAACUAGUAAUUAAGUUAUAUUUUAAAAAAGUACAGUAUAGGAUGUAGGACAGUAAAUUUUAUCUAUUUAUAUCGGGAUGGUGCUUCAAAAAUGUAAAUUAAAUGUGUAUAAUAUUGACACCCGAGAAGAAGUGUGUGAAAAAUCAGACCGCAGAAAUGGCAGUGAGCAGUAGGAAAUAAAUAACUCACACGUCUACCUCUUCAAUUAUGUACCACUAGGCAUAUUUGGGUUAUAAACCUCAAUACCACUGAAGUUGGAAUGCAGCAGGAAAGUUGCCUUAUAGUUAGAAAAUGGGUUGCCUAUGGAAAAAAUGGCUGCAGGUGCCACAAUCAUGUGUGCAUUUUACAAGUAUAAAUUUAUUUAGUAUGGUGUACAUGUGCUAUUCUAUAUAUGGUUUAAAAAAAAAAACAGUUGAUGUUUCAUAAUUGUAUUCAUGUUUUUUCCAAAUCUCCUUUAACAGUUAUACGAAACCAAAGGGUCAACUACCUGACUACUCUUCCCCUGUGGUGCUGAAAGCAGGCAGGAGCUCAGUGGAGGAUUUCUGUAACAAGUUGCACAGGAGUAUCAUCAAGGAAUUCAAAAUGUAAGCAGCUUCUUUCUUGGCUUAUUUAGACUUGCAUGUGCACAUACAAAAAAAACAAGUCGAGGAAACCCUGCCGUUUCUCUGUUCACAUGGGUUUCAGAGAUUUUUUUUUUUAUCAACCAUAGCUCUUCUUUGCUUAAGCAUUUUUAUUUAUAAUUAGAACAAAAGCCAGCAUGUAAGUGUAAGUACGGGUAGUGUUAGUACUGAACAGUCAUUUACAUUUGAAAACCUGACCAACAUUAACUUGACUAAUUAUUUUUCUGUGUUCACUUGAAUUGCAAAGCAAAGGUCAGUGUAAACUUUUUUCCACAAUUGUUACAUGGAGAAGGUGCAAAGUUAAAAACUAUUAGUUUAAACAAAAAUUGAGUAUGGGCCAAGUUAAAUUUGUGUAAGUUCAAGAACUUAAUUGGUAUGAAAAGAUGUGUAUUUUUCUCAACCUCGGUAAUUUCAGGACUCCAAUGUAACAAUAUAUGAGGGUAGUUGGCUUUUGGUACCUCUGAGAUGAUUAAACAGUACAAAUAUUCAUUUGUUGACUUAUUUCCCCUUGAUUUGUAUUUACAGUUGCUGAGUCAAGUGGUAGUGUUGUGAACAUUUGGUUAUAGUUAUAGGUUGGCUAAAUCAUAUAUUUCUUCAUCCCCACAGGCUGGGAGAAAUAAAUUGACUAUCAGCCUUUUUUUUUUUUCAAGACUUUUUAACUACAAUUUUACACCAAAAAAAUUGUGAUCACAAAUAACCUCAUCAUGAAAGAUAUUUACAUUUUAAAGAUUUGAAAAAUAAAAUUUGUUUUCUCUACCCAACAGUGCAUUAGUCUGGGGCUCUUCUGUGAAGCAUUGCCCCCAACGCGUGGGUAAAGAACAUAUACUGUGUGAUGAGGAUGUGGUGCAAAUCAUUAAAAGGUUAGUGUUUAAAAUCAGUCCUAUCGGCAAAUGUCUUAGGCAUUUCAUUCUCUAUUACCUGAUCAUGGUUGUUAUCUAAACUAUGAGAAUGAUUACAGCUAGGUGUGUUCUUGUUAGCAAUAAGUAAAUAAGCCUUUGAGUUUCAUCAAAGUUAAGAAAAAUAAUGAUUUCCAAGUUAUUUGAGUUUGUCAUCUGUUGUGCUCGUUUACAUAAACCGAAUGACAAGAGAUGUAGCUUGGUUAAGUGUCCACUGUUAAAUAUGAUAAAGGAUGUGAAUAGGAGAUACUAGUUUAUAUUUAUAACCAUUACAGCAACACACUCAAGUAUCAUACUUUUUUUUUUUCUUUGUACAAUCUGUGAAAUAAUCUGUACUGCACAGGGUUAAGCAGACUACUGUUUAACCCAAAGGUUAUCAGUCCAAAAGUUAACAUCAGACCUUAUCGCCACUUUCCACAUGUGAUUUUUAAUGAAAUGUACUUAUACUACUAAUGUGGUGAUAGGGCUGUUGUAUACAUGCCCCUUCUUAAAGACAUCCAUUUCUCCCCACUCAUUUCACCAGUUCCUCCACUUGAUUUCAUGAUGUAUACAUUUUCAGGGUUUGAGAUUCAAGCCUCUCAAAACAAUCUAGUGGUUUUAAUCUUGACAUCUCUCUGUGUGGAACUCUUCAGCUUUGGGUGAUUGGUGUUUGCUCUCAACUCAAACGGUUUGUUUUCAAAAAUGCAAGUCUAAGGGAUCUGGACGACUCUGAGCGCAAGUUGACCUUGAUACGUGGAGUCAUUCAUGAUUUUUUUUUUUUUUUUUUUCAAAGCACUAGCAGCAAUGUUAAAAUUUGUUCCCCUCUAAAAAAAAGUGGUUGCGUCUUAAAAUAAGUACCAAUUUGUCAGUUUAGGGUUUCUUAAAGGAAUAAAUACUUUACUGGACGACUCUGAGCGCAAGUUGACCUUGAUACGUGGAGUCAUUCAUGAUUUUUUUUUUUUUUUUUUUCAAAGCACUAGCAGCAAUGUUAAAAUUUGUUCCCCUCUAAAAAAAAGUGGUUGCGUCAUAAAAUAAGUACCAAUUUGUCAGUUUAGUGUGUCUUCAAGGAAUAAAUACUUUAUCCUCUCCUGAUAUUUUAUCCUUAUUAUUAGCAAAUGUAAUAAUAAUUUAUUUGUCUAGCCACGUCGUAACAGGCAGUUUGGUUAGGCAAAGGUGUAAUAAAAUAUAAUUGUUCAUCAAAUCUGUUCAACCAGUGUCUGAAAUUCUGAAGUAUUUUAAUACUGUACUAGGUUUUUUUGUUAUGGAUGUGUGGUUCAGACAUAAAUGCUUAUCAAUGAAAUUUUAAAUCUCAUUUAAUUUGAUUACAUUUUCUAGGCCCAACUUUGGUGUGGUUCUCAUAGGAAAGCAAGUAUUCACUGUUAAUUAACAUGAGAUGAUUUGGUUACGGCUGAUAGUUACAGUAGAUUACUAAGUGUUACAUAAAUUAACAUCUUUUAAAGUGAAAGAAAAAAAAAAAGUAUUGAUUUGUAAGCGUGCGGAUGUUUUGAAUGCAACCCCUGGAUCAUAUCAUCUUCAUCAACAGUUCAAUACGUUCAACUGUGUCAGUUUCUAUCACAUCAUCUUAUGCUAUGAUUUUUGUUAGUAAUAGAAUGAAGUUGUCAAGUACUAAACAAUUAUCAAUGGUUUCUCCUGCUGUCCAUUUCUUUACUGCCAGUCUCAUGUUUAUGUUUCCGGUAACCCUUUCUUCCCCCGUUUAUUUUAACAUUUUAUUUUGGGUCAGUACCUUAAUGUGAUUUUUAUGAUUUCAUGAUAUGUAGAGACAGUGACUUGUGAUUUGUAUCAUGUGAUACUGUUGGUCGUGUCAUGUAGAUCCCUGUUGAUCUGGUGUUGAGCUCAUCCAAAUAAAUGAUCAUUGUUGUAUAUUAUAGCAAGGUCAUCUGAUGGGAUGUUCAGUUCUGUUGAAAACAAAAAUAACAGCAUAGGGUUUCCUAUCGUUAGUGAGAUGUAUCUGCUGUUGUUACUCUAUCAUGACAGAGUGUCUUUUCUUUGUUCUCUCAAAUGUUACAGAUUUGUGUGUUGUCAAUUUUUUUUUUUUUUUAACAAGGUAAUGCAAGAGUUCACAAACUGACUUCUUUUUGAGUACAGCUAUUGAAAAGUUAACACUUCCCUUUACUCAGAAAUUAAUUAAGAUAAGAUAAGAUUCUUUUAUUCAUCCAAACAAAUGGAAAUGUUUUAUCAUUGCAUUGUACAUUUUCAGCACAUAAAUAAAACAAUUUGAACACAAGACAUUUAUAAUAAAUUAUUUCAGUUGAGAAAAAAACAAAAAACAGAAGCAGGCUUGAGUAACUGCCCAUACUGGAUAUGCCAACAGUCGCCAAAAUUUUGUUGGUUUUUUUUGGUGGGGGAGAGUGGCCAGAUACUUUCUAGAGACAGGUUUUUCAAACAGUGUCCACUUUGUUAAAAAGUUGUUACAAACAAAUUAAUUUUAAUAUUUUAGUAAGAUGUCGGUUUCAUAUGGUGUACAUAAUGUGUACACUUGGGUUUAAAAUAUUAGAAUGGAGGACACUCAUUGAAUGGGAUAUAUGUAGAGCAUUUGCUGUGACCAACUUUUGUCUAUGACAGUAGGAUGAGGAUAAUGUCACGGGAUAGGCUACAAGCUUGGCUAUGUUAGCUAUGUGAAACAUAUAGGUGAUGAACUGAUUUGGGAGAGAAAAAAACCAACUCUUCACAAAUUAGUUUAUUUUGUGAGUCAUAACAGGUUUACUUUGAUCAUAGUUUGAGAAUGGCUGAGUCAUUGGGUGGAGGUUUAAAAAGUUU